AUGGACAAUGCAUCCGUCUACACUGCGAACCCCGCCCGCACCGUGUUCCCCCAAGGGCCCAGCUUCACGCUUGAGGACUUCUCCAGUCGUGACUUCAUUGUCAAGGAGUUCAUUGAAGCUCUCUCCGACACAGCAAUUUCAACCCGCCGUUCAGUAGCUGGAGCAGCCGGCGCCGCAAACCAACCCUUCGAUCCGAAACCCCUCAUUCGCGCUUUUGAGAGCGCCCAACGCCGUCUGGGUGAGCUCUCCGGUGACCUCGAGAUCCGCGAGAAUGAACUGUCCGCCGCAGUCCGACGCGCCGAAGCGCAGCAUUCCCAGAACCUGACUACCUUGGGCAAAAAGCUCCGCCAUACCAUUGAAUCGUUCCAGCAACUCGACACGUCGCUCAAUGGCGGCGGUCUCGAGAAUGCUGGAGGAACUGGCAACAUGGCCGUGGAGACUGGAAAACGACUGGAAGAGCUGGACCGACAACGCCGACGAGCUCUAGACGCUCAUUUCCUCAUUGAAUGCUGGGACGGUGUAUCCAAUCGCGGCGAGAUCUCACUGCUGGAGAACCUGCGGCGGUCCGGUACCGGCGAGGCCGCGGUGCGGUCGGCACAUAUCGCGCGACAGCUGCUGCGCAUCAGUCAACGGUUAGAUCCGCAGAGCUGGCAGGAACAUCCAGCUCGUGCAAAUGGAGGCUACGGGGGAAGUUCGUCGUCAGAGGAUCUGAGCGAGAGCAGUACUCCGCGGCGGAAUACAAGGGAGAUUAUUGAGAAGUUCUCGGAGACGCUGGAGAAAGACCUGUUGAAGCAAUUUGAUGAUUUCUACCGCAAGGCCAACUUCGAUGGAAUGAAGGAUUGCGCGACUGUGCUGCAGGAUUUCAAUGGCGGUGGGAGUGUUAUUGCGCUGUUCGUGAAUCAGCAUCAAUUCUUCAUUGAUCGCAGUCAGUUGGUUACUGAAGAAGUUGGUGGUGAUCCUGAAUCUUGGGAGAAGUUGGCAGACCCGGAUGCCGAGCUUCCUGGUGUCGAGUCCAGUCUGCAGUCAUUGAUCGAUGAGGUCAAGGUCGUGGUACAGGAAGAGUCUGCCAUUAUUAAGAGGGCGUUUCCUUACUAUGAGCAGGUUUUGGGCAAAUUCUUGCAGCGUGUCUUCCAACAAUCGAUCCAGCAGCGACUAGAGAUGGUCUUGGAGAAGGCCAGUGGCGCAUCAUCACUCGCUUUCCUGCGUUGUUUACAGAGCUCGCGUGGUUAUAUCAGUGCAUUGAUCGAAGACUUGAAAGCGCAUGGAUUGACUGAGCAUCCGGAUCCUGUUUCAUCGCAGACUGCAGUUCUUCUGGACCAGCAAUUGGAGGAAUUAUUCGUUCCCUAUUUCGUUGGAUCUUCAUACAUUGAACGUGAGAAGCGGACUUUGGAAGAACUCUUCAACUCUUUGCUGUUCAAAUUUACGUCAUAUCAUGCCCGGCGCAAGAAGGCAGCAACUACUUUCAUGGCCUCACUCUCCCGAGCUGGAACGGAGCUUCUUUCAGCUACCAGAGAUGCCUUUAUCAAUCGCUUGGAUUCGCCCGAGGUCUCACCUACCCAGCGAAGAGUGCUGCUGCACAUUGCCAAGUUGAACGAUCUACCGGAAACCGUACGGUUGACCGAAAUAAAGCUCACAGAAGAAGACGGGCAACCGAAUCUCAGCGAUGCUAAGCGGAUGCUGAAAUGGCUGGCUGAGGCUGUGGGUCGAGGCCUGGAGCUUAGUGUCAACAGUGACACUCCCAAAGAUGUGUCUGCCUUGUUGAAUCUCCUGCUUGUCACCAUGGGCGAUGGAUACGUAGACGUCUGUCUAGAUGCUGCUCUGGAGGCGGCCACAGCACAAGAGUCUGGUAAGGCAGAGCCCGACUUUACAUAUCUUCUCUCAGUUCGCACAACUAUUAGCAUCACCACUCUCAUGGUAAUGUGUGUGCAUGCGGUUCUGUUGCCCUUAUCAACCGGCAGCAUUACAACUCGCCGGGAUAUGGAGAAACGGACCAGCCAGACGACAUCACGCAUUGAAGACAAGGUCAACACCAUCGAACAGAAGACUAUCGAUGCCACAUUUGCCUGGGUCAGCAGGCUCCUAUCCGGACAAAAGAAGAAUGACUUCCGUCCCAGAGAAAGCGAUAAUGCUGCAUGGCUAGAGAUGCUACAGACCCCCACCUGUGCAUCAAUCUGUGCAUUCCUGACCCGCCUCCACAACAUCGCCCGAACAUCUCUCCCCUCUAGUGGAGCCAACGUCCGCCAAGUCCUCACCGAGAUCGCUUUAGGCAUCCGCGGACUCCUUCUAGAACACUUCAAACGGUUCUCCAUAAGCGGACCAGGUGGUCUAAUGGUAACCAAGGACAUGACACAAUACACGGACCUCCUCAAGUCCUGGGACAUCGAUGAAGAGGUCAAGGGCCCCGGUGGCGCGCUGGACGUGCUACUCGAAGUGGGCAGUCUAUUCGUAAUCGGUGUCGAAGCAUUGCGUGAGCGCAUCCGCGGUGGCGCUGCUAGUGGCACGACUGGCGGGUCUGGAACUUCUGGCCGGGGCGCAGGUACUAACCAGGAGGGCAAGUUGAGCGUGCAGGAGGUGCGGGCUUAUGUUUCGCGUCGCGAAGACUCGAACACUUUUGCUAUGCAGUCGGUUCUUAAUGCCCUGUGA